AUGGCCAUCGAGAGAGCGGCAGGCGUCGGAACCCGCAUAGGCCGGUCCGAUAUUGGCCGGUUGGCAGAUUGCCCGCACUACAUAACCAUCAAUAGGACGUUUCGGUUGAUUCAUACAUGCAUGGCCGGCGGCAAUGUGGUCACGAUAAUUUGCACCGUCAUCCACCUGAUGUAUAUGAUAUCGUGUCCAGACACCGCGGUCCGUGGUUAA